AUGACGACGCCUUCACCUUUCUCGUUGUUUCAGCAACAACAACGGCCAACAACCACACAGCACAGCCAUCAUCAGCCAACACAGCAACAACAACCGACAAUGAGAUUGUUACGGGAAGACAACUCCUCUGCCCACUCUCUUUCUUAUGAACCAACAACAACAACAACAACAACACCUACCCCUUUACCAUCCAUCCUAACCAAUACUAGUAUCCAACCAACAACUAGACUUUCCCAACCACAAAUCCAUUUUCAAACAAACAACAUGACAUCAUCGACUACAGGUGGUGCAACACAAAUGAAUCAUCACCAACCUUUAUUGAUCAUACCAUCCAUUUAUUCAUCCACGUCUUCCGCUCAGUAUAACGCAGCCUCCUAUCGCGAUGAAAAUUCCAAAAAACGUAAAUCAGCUCCCGUUGAUCCAAUCAGUGCUCAACUUGAAUCAUCCGAUCCUGAGGUUCAUCACAAAAAGUUGAAAUCAUACAUCUCAGCGACAACAACACCUCGACGUACUUGUUGGUCUCUUGGUAUUCUUCCUACUCAAGUUCUCUUUGAAAUCAUGUCGUAUCUAACCAAGAUUGAGUUGUUACGAAAUGUUGGUAAAGUCUCAAAACACUUCCAUCGAACCAGCCGAUGUAACUUGUUAUGGAAAUUUGAAGACAUUACCAAGAUCUUUCCAAAACUUGUUUCCAUGCAUGCUUUGGUCAUGUUUCAUUGUCAAGUCUUUGGAAUGUAUCAUUCAGUAUCACCUUUUGAGCAAUUAGUGCUUCACUCUAUUGAUGAAUGUGCUCUCCACUCGUUUCUCUCUAUUUUCACUCAUUUGAAAAGGAUUAAAAUUAUGAAUAGAAUCAAUCCAAUGAAUCCUUCCAUACUAAUGGAUCAACAACAAACGUGUAAAUUGAAAUCUGAAGCUGUACUCAAAAUUAGCCAAACAUUUAGAGCUCUCAUUGAUGUUGAUAUUAGUGCUAUGGAUUUGGUAGAAAUUGAACCAAUACUUGAGUCUCUGUCUAAUCGUCUCGAACAUUUAAAUUUAGAUCAUGUGAAAGCAGUAACCUUUGACCAUAUUCACUUUUUAUUGAGCAAUUGUAAAAAUCUGAAAACACUCAAAUGUCAUAACACUCCUCGAUUCUCUGUUUCAAGUGAUCAAUUGAGACAACUCUCUCUGGACAAUUCGGCAAGGAAUUUGACGACCUUGGUGAUUCGAUUUCUCAACGUUGAUUCUAUGGAUCAUAUUUCUCUAUUUACCAAAUCAUUUCCCAAGUUAAAAUUUUUAUGGAUUUCAAACUGGAAUGAUAUGAAUUCAAUCAUGCUUUCUCAAGUCAUGAAUGAUUUACAAAAUCUUGAAACUCUCAGAAUUGAAUGUUCUGAGAAUACCAUUCUAUCUCAACCCAUUGCUCUCAAUAAUCCAAAUCUCUCAAGUUUGUCCAUUUCAAAGGUUAAAAAACUUUCUAAUUUAUUGAUUGGUCCCAAUGCGUGUAAAAAGAUCUCUCUCAUUCGAUUCGAAUCCAUUUCCAAUUUAGAUUUACCAAUUAUUGAGAGUGAUUCGUGUAUGAUUGAAUCCUUUGUCGUGAGAUCAUCCUCUCUAAAUAUUUUCCAGAAUGAUCGAGUGAUUACUGCCUUGGAUCGUUGUGAAAAGUUAGAUAUUUUAGAUUUACAAAGUACAAGCACUCAAUUCACAUUGACUUCAAAGAUUUUGACCAAUGUUCAACUGUUCAUGUGUGAUCAAUUGACUUCAAUCAAAUUCAACAAGUGCUCUCAACUCUCUACAGUGAGCAUUGAUGCAUGUGAGCAGUUAAUAGAAUUAGAGAUGUGUGAAACUCCCAAAUUGACAGAGCUUGUUCUAUUUAAAAUUCCAUCUGAGAGUCAUCCAAUACUUCACACUCUCAAAAUUGAUUCUGGAGACUUGUCAAAUCUUCAAAUCUCUCGAUGUGUGAAUUUGAGAAAUCUCAAUUUGAAUUGUCCAAAUAUGAGUUGUAUCAAUUUAACGGAUUGUAAAAUCUUGGAGAAUAUUCACUUGAAUGGAAUGAAAAAGCUCACAAAGGUUGCCAUCUCACUCUCAGUAUAUCCAAGUGAUCACAUGUCUGAACUCUUCCACUUUUUUAACAAUGUCGAAUAUUUAAGUAUUUCCAAUGCCAAUCAUUUGAAUGAUCAUGUAUUGAGUGAAUACAUGAAUCAUGCUCACAAUUUACAAGCAUUGGUACUCUCACAUUGUCAUGGACUUGUAUCUCCGUGUAUUACCAAUCAUAGCAUUAAGGGUAUGCAAUUAUUGAAUAUGAAUCGAUUAGAAAAUGUGAAAGUGAAUAGUGAUUCACUCUCCAAAUUCUUUUUGCGAAAUGCUCCUAACGUGAAGAAUGAUUUACAAUUAGAGACACCCAAAUUGAGAUUGAUUCAAGUUCAAAAUUGUCCUCUCCUUCCAUCACUCACUUUAUCGAGAGGUAGUUGUUGUGCCAAUAUUGGUUUGGUUGCUACCAAUACUGCAACUACUACUGCUACUACAACUUCCAGCACGAGUCGUACGAGUACUACUACAAGUUUCAGCACGGGUAGUGGUGGUAGUGGUACUACUACUACAAGUAGUGCCACUAGUCAUAACAUGAACCAAUAUGAAGUCAUUCAUCAAGCACAUUUUGAUGCAUGUCCAUCUCUGAAUCAUUUAAAAUUUAAGGCACUCUUAUCAGAAAUUGAUUUUCACAAGUACAAACUUGUAAUUGAAGACUAUAUGAUGAAAGAUUGUUCAUCUCAAUUCUCUGGCUUCUUUAUGACGAGUCUUAAUGAACCUCAUACCAUGAUACCCAUGCACAUGCAGAGAAGUAUGAAACCUUCCUCUGAGGCCGUACGACAUCACUCCACAACUCUUCCAUGCUCCAUGCAUGGCAAGUCCUUGCACACCUCCAAUGGAGGUUGUUAUUUGCAAUUACCCUCUCAUCCAUGUUCAACAACGAGUAUGGUGACCAUCACUCAACCCAUUAUAUUACAACCUCUUCCAUCUUCCAUUCCUCAAAGAAUUCCUUCUUCCUCGUCAGCAGCAACGGCAUUAACAACAACUGCCAUGCUUCCCUCAAUGAUGCCAUCAAAUCCACCCAAAGAACAAAUCAUUCUCUCCUUUAAUCCUUCAUCCAAUCUUCCCUCGAUUGUCCUCUCAAACUUUGAAUAA